UACAAACAGUUCACUUCAAGACGGCCAUACGCGAAGACCAACUCUGUCAAACAAAAAUUGUCAUUUUUACAAAAAUGCAUAUAAGCUCUGUAGCUCUUGUUCUGGCGAUGAUAGUGGUCAGUGAGUGUGGGCAUACGUUUUUGGGAACUAGUGUCCAAAGACCUCUGGUGUUCCAUAAGGAGGUUCGUUACCCAGCCAGGGGAUUCCAGAAGAGGAUUGAAAAUGUUAAUUUCACAUUACCACAUGUUUCUGAUAUUUAUCUUAGAAAUAUUCAGGGCAUCCUAGCGUACGAUCUGACAAACUCCGGUGCAUCAGCCAACGUGACGAAAGGCGGUCUUGGUUACAACUUCGUGAACAUUCGGUUGAAGAGCGAUCGCAACAAGGAGAUACGUUACGAUAUCAAUAUUUAUGCUUAAAAAAUUUGUUUAAGGUAGCAUAAUGUUAGACAUUUUGUAUCAUUUAUUUUAAAAAAUUAAAAACUACAC